UGUCUCAGCCUCAGCACUAACUCUCUGUAUUUUCCAUUUUCUAGAAAAACAAACACACAAAAAUAAUAAUGGGGAUUGUGAUUAAUCUUAUAGAUGCGUUGCUCUUCUCCUUCUUCCUCUCUAUCGCAAUCUUAACGCCAUUGAUAGACGCUCAGAUAUGUCUCCCUCACUCUCACACCUUCUAUCCUGACCUCCUCUUGGACGCCACUCAAUGGUAUACAAACGAAUUCGGUGACUACCUGGUGGCAGAGAAACCGGAUUUCUUCGUGGGUAUCAUCUGGGUCGAGCUUCUUCUUCAAUGGCCUCUAGCUCUUGUCAAUCUUUAUGGCAUUUUGGCUUCCAAGCCUUGGUACAACACUACCUGUUUAUGCUAUGGUGUCUCUGCCUUUACUGCCAAUAUUCCCAUAAUUGUAGAAAUGAUGGGUUCUGGGAAGGCAACUGAGAAGAUGUUUAUGAUGUACCAUGCAUUCUUGGGUUUCGGAGUUUUAGCCAUCCUGCGUGGGUUCACGAUGAGGCUCUUUACCAUUAAGACUGCUAGUUCCAGCAAGAGACCUCCAUUACCUAAGAAAAAGAGAAUUUAAUU